AUGUUUAAUGUAAACCCUUUACUAUUGAAGCCAAAGGUCCAUGGCGCAAUCUUUGAUAUGGAUGGAACGCUAUUGGACACGGAAGAAUUGAGUCGUCUUGCUAUUGAUAGUAUUGUACGUCAGUUUGGUAAAGAAUUUACCAUGGCUAUGCACAAGACGAUCCUGGGUCGUCCUGCUGUCGAGUGGACGCGUAUGGCAAUUUCUGCGGUUGGUCUAAGUGAAGAGACCAUCACUCCUGAUGAACUGUUUAAGCAGUGGGAACAAAGAAUGCGUGACAUGUCUGACCAUGUGGAGGAGAUUCCUGGAGGUAUCGAGCUGCUGAGUGCGUUGUAUGCACGUGGUAUUCCCAUCGCUCUGGCUACAUCCAAUAGCAAGAGUGUCGUAGAAGCCAAGAUGAAGCACCAUUCCAAGCUCUUUUCCUUCUUUUCUACUAUUGUAUGUGGAGACGAUACGGCUGUGAAGAAUGGCAAGCCAGCACCUGAUAUUUUUCGCACUGCUGGUCAACGUCUCUUUGGUCUAAAAGAGGGAGAAGAUGGUGAUAAGCCGCCGCAAUGCGUCGUGUUUGAAGACUCGGUAAAUGGCUAUACUGCUGCUAAAGCGGCGAAUAUGCACAGCAUUGCUAUUCCUGAUGUACGUAUCUACACGGACGAAAAGCAGAGAACUGAACUAUUUGGUAAAGCUGACGAAGUGAUUACGUCCCUCACGCAGUUCCAGAUCGACAAUUACGACUGGCAGCUGUAA